AUGCCAAAGAGGUCUUGCGUCACCAGCGACUGCGACUCUUGCAAGGUGGAAUGUAGCAGAAAUGGAGUGUUUUCAUUGGCCACAUUGGUGAAGAUCUAUCCAGACAACAUGGGCGAACAUGUUCUAUACCAUAUCAGCUUGGAGCAUGGAUUCAAUGUGUUGGUGAUGGUGGUUCCAUUUGACGUUCCUGGCAAAAAGUGCAUCAGCACGGAGUGCCCAAAGGAUCCAAAUAGGAUUUGUCCACCAAAGUUGAGUUUCGCUCCUGAUCGCAAGUCACCUCUUCGUGUUGUCACCGCCACCUUUGCUAUGCCACCGCUACCAACCAAGGCCUUCGCAUCUCCACCCACCCUUUUUGCAAUCUACUAG